AUGGCGUUAAUGUCCAAUUCUGAAAGAGAUAAAUUGGAAAGUACAUUGAGGAGAAGGUUUUUCUACACACCUUCUUUUGAGAUAUAUGGUGGUGUCUCAGGUUUAUUUGAUUUGGGACCUCCUGGUUGUCAGUUGAAAAAUAACUUAAUUCAACUAUGGCGAGAACAUUUUAUUAUGGAGGAAAACAUGCUUGAGGUUGAUGGGCCAAUGCUAACUCCUUACGAUGUGCUGAAAACUUCUGGGCAUGUAGAUAAAUUUACUGAUUGGAUGUGCCGAAAUCCAAAGACUGGGGAAUACUACAGAGCAGAUCAUUUGAUCGAACAGACGUUGAAGAAAAGGCUGCUGAACAAGGAUGUCGAUUCACAGGAUUUUGAAAAGAUGGAGAACAUAUUGGCCACGAUUGAUGGGUUUACGGGUCCUGAGUUGAAUCGUAUUAUGCAGGAAUAUAAAAUUAGUGAUCCAGUCACUGAUGAUGUAUUAGACGCACUAACCUCAUUUAAUUUGAUGUUCCAAACUAAAAUUGGAGCUUCAGGACAGUUGAAAGGCUUUUUACGGCCAGAGACUGCGCAGGGACAGUUCCUCAAUUUCAACAAAUUGUUGGACAUCAACCAAGGGAAGAUUCCGUUCGCAUCUGCUUCCAUUGGUAAGUCAUUCAGAAAUGAAAUUUCCCCCAGAAGUGGGCUAUUAAGGGUGAGAGAGUUUCUAAUGGCAGAAAUUGAGUAUUUUGUUGAUCCGUUAAAUAAGUCGCAUGCAAAAUUCAAUGAGGUGUUAGAUGAAGAGAUUUCACUACUCUCACGUCGAUUACAGGAGAGUGGUAAACCUCCACUUCCCGUGAGAAUGACAAUAGGUGAGGCAGUGAAAUCCGGAAUGGUAGAAAACGAAACAUUGGGAUAUUUUAUGGCAAGAGUUCAUCAAUUUCUGUUGAAAGCUGGCAUUAAUAAGAACAAAUUUAGAUUUCGCCAGCAUUUGAAGAAUGAAAUGGCACACUAUGCCACAGAUUGCUGGGACGGUGAAAUAUUGACGUCGUACGGUUGGAUUGAAUGUGUAGGUUGUGCUGAUAGAGCGGCUUUCGAUUUAACUGUACACUCCAAGAAAACGGGGAGAAGUCUGACGGUAAGGCAAAAGCUAGAUACCCCAAAAGAAAGAACUGAGUGGGUCAUAGAAGUGAACAAGAAGAAUUUUGGAUCAAAAUUCAAACAAAAAGCAAAAGUAAUCGAUUCUGUUUUGUCAAAUUUUUCCCAGGAUGAAUUAAUCAGUAGGCAUAAAGAACUGAACAGGAGCGGUAAAUUUACCUGCCGAGCAAAUGGCGAGAUUGUGGAACUAGAUAGCAGUCUGGUUACUAUUAAAAUGAAGUCAACUUUGCAGCAUAUAAGAGAGUAUAUUCCUAAUGUCAUUGAACCCUCAUUUGGUUUAGGCCGUAUUAUAUACUGCAUAUUUGACCAUUGUUUCCAAUUUCGAGUAGGCAAUGAGUCAAGAAGUUUCUUCUCCUUUCCAUUACAAAUAGCGCCGAUCAAAGUAUUUAUAACAACAAUAUCAAAUAAUGAUAGCUUCCCCAGUAUAGUCAAGGAGAUCUCGCAGAUUUUGCGCAAAAGAGAGAUAUACUUUAAAAUUGACGAUUCCAAUACUUCAAUUGGUAAAAAAUACGCCCGUAACGAUGAGUUGGGUACGCCGUUUGGUAUCACCAUAGAUUUUGAAACUAUAAAAGAUGAGACAGUGACGUUAAGAGAAAGGAAUUCCAUGAAGCAAGUAAGAGGCUCUAUCUCUGAUGUAAUUUCGGCUAUUGACAAAAUGAUCCACAACCCCGAAGAACCGGAGUGGGAUAAUUCAACACUUGGACUCUCGCCUGUAAAUAUAUAUGAUUGA